UAAUGCCCAGGAAAUUUCAUGAGAGUUUAAUUACACAGUGACAAUGACCCACUCAAACCUUCUCGAUCCACUUCGUUAAUAUAAAGCUCUCUACCCACAUGUCUCUCUGCACUCAAUAACUCCUGACCCUUCUUCCUUCAAAGAAGCUACCAAGAUUUCAAUCUCUUCCAUGGCCAUCCCAAAUGUCUCAUCCUCCUCCUCCCCUUCUUCUUCCCAUCAAUGGAAUCAUGAUGUUUUCCUUAGUUUCAGAGGGGAAGAUACCCGCAAUACCUUUACCGGUCAUCUAUAUAACGCUCUCAUUAUAAAGGGGAUCAACACCUUGAGAGAUGAUGUGGAUCUUCAGAAGGGAGACGAAAUCUCCCUAGCACUUUUGGAAGCCAUCGAACAAUCUAAGAUUUCCAUCAUCAUCUUCUCUAAGAACUAUGCCACUUCCACAUGGUGUUUAGAUGAACUCGUCAAGAUUCUCGAGUGUCAGAAAUCGAUUGGCCAAAUGGUUCAACCCAUUUUCUACGAUGUGGAUCCUUCAAAUGUGCGGAAACAGUUAGGAGAAGUGAUGGAUAUGCAUGGAAAGAAAUUCAAAGAUGAUAUACAAAGGGUGUUGAGGUGGAAGGUGGCUCUCAAAGAGGCAGCCAAUUUGUCUGGUUGGCAUUUGAACAAUGGGCAUGAGUCCGAUUUUAUCCAGCGCAUUGUAGAAGAGAUAUCAAGUAUAUUAAUGAAGCGCACAUUUUUAGAUGUUGCGAAGAACCCAGUCGGAUUAGAUUCUCACAUAAAGGCCAUGAGUGAGUUGUUGAGUGUUGGAAAUGAUGAUGUUCGCAUGGUUGGAAUCCAUGGAAUUGGUGGAAUAGGUAAAACCACGAUUGCAAAAGCUGUAUACAACUACUUUGCUCAUCAAUUUCAAAGUUGCAGCUUUCUUGCUGACGUCCGAGAAACUACAAACCAGUCCAGCCUUGUUCAAUUACAAGAAACACUUCUAUUUGAGACCUUGGGCAUGAAUACCAACUUAAAGGUGGGAAGUGUGGAUAGAGGAAUUACUAUAAUAAAGGAGAGGCUCUGCCAUAAGAAGGUUCUUUUAGUUCUUGAUGAUGUCAAUGAGGUGGAACAACUUGAUAAAUUAGCAAGAGAUAAGAAUUGGUUUGGUCCAGGAAGUAGAAUCAUUAUUACAACUAGAGAUCAACGUGUUCUAGAUUACCAUGGCCAGGUAGAAAGAAAAUACGAGGUCCAAGAACUAAGUGAUGCUAAUGCUCUUCAACUUCUUAGUUGGAAUGUAUUCAAGAAAUCUUAUCCUGAAGAAGGGUAUGAGGAGCUCACGGAUCGUGUGGUUCAGUAUGCCAAAGGCCUUCCCUUGGUUCUAGUGGUGCUGGCACCUCUCCUAUGUGGUGGAAGCAAACUUGUAUGGGAAAGCAUAAUACAUAAAUUACAAAGUAGUCUUAAUAAAAAGAUAUACGAAAUACUUAAGAUAAGUUUUGAUGCACUGGAGGACAAUGAGAAGGCUAUCUUCCUUGAUAUUGCGUGUUUCUUUAAGGGAGAAAACAAAGAUGAUGUAACAAAAUUUUUGGAAGCAAGCAAUUUUCAUGCAGUUCAUGGAAUACAAGUUCUCAUUGAAAGAUCUUUGGUGAAUGUCGGCAACAAAUUGCAGAUGCAUGACGUGAUACAAUUGAUGGGUAGGAAUAUUGUUCAUCAAGAAUCUCCCAACGAGCCAGGAAAGCGAAGCCGAUUAUGGUCUCAUGAUGAUAUUCUCCGUGUUCUUAUGGAAAACAAGGGAACUUAUAAUGCAAUUCAAGGUGUAAAGCUAGAUUUGUUCGAGAAAAAAGAUAUUUUGCUGAAUCCUAGAGCCUUUACAAGAAUGAAAAGUCUUAGAUUGCUUGUAAUCCGUCAUGCACACUUUUCAAAGAGUCCUAAAAGUUUGUCUAAUGAGCUAAGAUGGCUUGAUUGGCCUGGAUACCCGUCACCAUCUCUGCCGUCCAAUUUUCAUCCUCGAAAACUUGUUAUACUCAACGUGUGUCACAGUAAAAUCAGGCAAUUCGAAGGAAUAAAGGUUUGUCUAAAUUUGACAAAAAUAAAUUUUUGUUACUGUGAAUACUUGACGUGCAUCCCUGAUGUCUCAAUGAUGGCAAAUCUUGAGAGUUUGGAUGUUCAUGGCUGUUGCAAUUUAGUUGAGGUUCAUCAAUCUGUUGGAUUUUUAAACAAACUGUCUCGAUUGGAUGUUAUAAAAUGCUCUAAACUUAGACGCCUUCCUAACCUGAAGUUGCCACGUCUUCAAUAUCUAGGACUUUAUGGGUGCACAAGUCUUGAGGAAUUUCCAAAUAUUGUUGGAGAAAUUCCUCUUUUAGGUUACAUUUUGAUUUGUGAAAGUCCCAUCCAAGAACUGCCUUCAUCAGUUGAAUAUCUCACUGGGCUUGAAAGGAUAACAAUAACUUCAUGCCAGAACCUUAGAGAUCUCCCUAUAAGCAUAUCUAAGUUGCCACGUCUCAAGUCUCUUCUUCUUGAGUGUUGCACAAACCUUGGAAGGUUUCCAAAAUCGUCAUCUUCAUCAUCAUCAUCAUCAUCAUCAUCAAGCUUGGGCUGGCUGGCUUCGUCAAAGAGGAACAAAGCUCAAGAUAUGAGCCUCUCUGUUGGGUUUCCAGCUUUGGAAACAUUGAAAAUCUCUUACUGUAAUCUAGUAGAAGUUGAUUUCCUUAAAAGUCUUCAUUGUCUUUCCACGUUUGAAGUAUUAAAUCUAUCAGGAAACAAUUUCAUUAGCCUCCCAGCAUCAUGUAUCACUAGAUUUACCCAUUUGCAAUCCCUUGUAUUGGAGUAUAGCAAGGGGCUUGGACAAAUGAAUGCAAGUAGUGGUGACAAAUCCUUCAUCGAUAAUUUAACGAUGACGAUUCCUAUAUUAUACAGAUUCUGUGGAAAAAUGAUGACUACAAUUAAAAUUAGUGGAGGGGAGUUACCAGAAUGGUUUCGGUAUCAAACUAGAGAGAAUGAAAUGUGUUUCCGAGUGCCUCCACCUAAAAAUGCCAAGUUAGCAGGUUUGGUUAUUGGUAUUGUUUUGAAACGGGAAGCUUUUGAGCCGUUGUCGACCCAUUCUCACAUCAAUUUGAGCGUCUCUAUCAACAGUCGAUUGGCUCCUAUGGCCUACCCCUUCUCUGGUGGAUUACGGGAAUCAGAUGAAGUGUGGCUGUUGUGUUUUCCACGUGGUGCCUUAAAGUGGUCGGAUGAGACCAGUGAAGGGGAUCACUUUGGAGUUUCAAUUCAAUUUCAUGUAAUCCCAGGCUCAAGAGUACUGGACGUGAAUAAAAGAUUGGGGGUUCAUUUUGUAUUUGAGCAAAACGACAACAUGGAUGAUGUUCCAAAAGUGAUCCAGCAUUACUGUUCUCCUAACAAUGAGAACAAGAUGGGUAACUCUACAAUUAGUCUGUCGUCUCUACAACGCUACACACAGGCCCUUAUUCGAAAAUUUGAACAGCUGCCCCCCCUAACCCCAACACCCAUCGUGUGUGCUCUACCGCACCGCGCCGCGUGUCUUCCUCCAUGUUCUUUCUGGACUGACAACAAAAGAACACGGAACACGGAGGAAGCCAUGGAGGAAGACACACAGCGCGGUCCAGAGAGAACACGGAGGAAGAGACGCCGACGACCUGAUCUUUAUUCGCCAGUUACCAGAUUGAAAAUGGACUCAGAUUGUGUAGCCCAGUUUUCUCUCUCUCAAGGUAUUGUCUAAAAUCUCUUUUCGUUAGCUUUUGCUUCAAAGAUUUGUUCUUUUCUAAAAACUAUGCCCCCAAAGAUGAUGUCUUUUAGAAACUCAUGCUAGGUUUAUAGGUAAAAUCGAUAUUUUUUAUAUC